UUCUGCUUGCUAGGGCAAAUAAAACAAAAUGCUAGUUUUUUAAACGAAAUACGAUUGCAUCCAUCGUCAGUUUGUAACAUCCUCUCGCGCAACGUUGCACGCAAGGUCAACGUCACUUUGUUACUUCUCUCUUUUAUUAUGAAUGUAGUCUGCAUUCAAUUCAACUUUCGUCUUCGUACUCACGAACAACCGGCUAAAGUGAUGUGAACAUUUUGUUUACUAUAACCUCAUUUCAUAAUAAAUUAUACAGUUAGCUCAACAUAAUCAGUAAUAAUUCAUCUUUUAUAAUAGUUUACUGAUAUAAUAUAAAUAUCUUGACUGUUUUUUAUCGUAAUUAGUGCGGUGCUUCUUUUGUUAUUUAGUUUCAAAUCUUUCUUCCACAAACAAUUUGAUUUAUCAGAAUAACAGCAAUGAAUAAUCUUAUGAUGAAUUGAACAACUACAUUUUUCAAAAUGUGUGCCAAACGUCAUGGACAAGUUACCAUCGAUUUCGAGAAUUUGUCUUACAGUGUACCUGAGACAAAUAAAAAAUAUCCUGACCGUGUUCUUCUACACAACGUUAGUGGACACUUCCGUCCGAAGCAUUUAGUGGCCUUAAUUGGUCCAUCAGGAGCUGGUAAAACUACCCUUCUAAAUGUAAUAUCUGGUUCAAAGGCAGUAGACAAUUCGCGAGUGUCUGGGAAGAUACUCGUAAAUGGAAAAGAUAGAAAUUUGCAAAAGUUUAAGAAACAAUCCUGUUAUAUUACACAGGAAUGGUCUCUACUGAACCAGCUGACUGUAGAAGAGACUUUGGAAAUUGCCGCUAGAUUCAAGCUGCCAAGCAAUAUCAGUGAAAUUGAUCGGAAAAGUUCGAUCAAUGAAGUUGUUGAAAUUUUGAGACUGAAUGGAUCUAGGAACACUCUGGUAAAAAAUCUUUCAAAUGGUCAGAAGAAACGAAUUUCAAUUGGUGUUGAACUUAUGAAUAAUCCACCUGUUUUGUUCGUGGAUGAGCCAACAAGUGGGUUAGACAGUUCAUCAGCUCUGCAAGUGGUUAAUCACCUUCAGAGUCUGGCAUUGGACGGCCGAACUGUGAUAGUAGUGAUACAUCAGCCGAGCUCCAAAGUGUUCCAGCUGUUCCAUGAUGUCUACCUGCUGUCUGAUGGUGAAUGCCUGUACAAUGGUCCCUCCGAGCACUUGGUUGCUGCCCUCUCGUCAGCUGGCUUCAAUUGUCCACAGUAUUACAGCAAGUCUGAUUUCGCGAUCGAAGUCGCCAGCGCAGAGGUAGAAGGAGAUGUAAGAUUAUUAAAGAUGGAAACAAAGAAACGCUAUGAAAUGAAAGAAGGAAAAUUUUAUGAGAAUGAAAUACCUGCAAAGCGAAUUUCAGAAGCGAAGAAUGCAAAUGAGCACACAACAAUGAUGAUCGGUGAAGAUGACGAUGAUGAUUCCUAUAAUAACUCUUUGAGAGGUUAUCCAGUUUCAAAACUUCAACAGUUCUGGAUACUCUUCAAACGAUGCACUCUUUGUACGAAUAGAGAUAUGUAUUUAUCUCGAACUCGAUUAAUUACGCACAUUUUGGUUGGCAUCAUGCUCGGCUGUCUCUUCUACAACUUUGGAAAUGACGCCGAUAAAGUAAUAGGAAACUAUUCCUUCUAUUUCUUCGCCGUAUUAUUCAUCUACUUCAGCAGUACUAUGCCGGCCAUAAUGACAUUUCCGGUUGAAGCCAACGUAUUCCUUAGAGAGCAUUCAAACAAUUGGUACUCUCUUACCGUCUAUUUCUUUGCAAAAGUAUUAGCGGAUCUACCCUUACAGAUAAUCUGUCCGACUUUAUUUUUGGUGAUUGGUUACUCCAUGACAGGCCAGCCAAUGGAAUUACAGAGAUUCUCCAUGAUUUGGUUUGUGAUGGUUCUACUGUCCAUCCUUGGCCAGUCGUUCGGCAAUGCGGCUGGUGCUCUGCUCAAUGUCGAGCUGGGCAUCUUCAUUGUGCCGUCGAUUGCGAUGCCUCUGACGCUGCUGUCGGGUUUCUUCCUGCAGCCGAAGGACCUGUCGGCGACGGUGAAGACGCUUAGUUGCGGCAGCUACUUCAAGUACGCAUUCGAAGCGAUCGCCGUGUCGGCCUUCGGCUACGACCGUGGUCGGCUGCCCUGCUCGCAGCCCUACUGCCACUACCGCAGCCCGGCCAAGUUCCUCGCCGACAUCGGCAUCGAUGACUAUCACUACCUGCAACGCGUCACCGUCGUCCUCGUUUGGGUCCUAGUCACGCAAAUGGCGCUCUACUGCACGCUCACCAUCAAGGUCUACCAGGUCAAGAUCAACACUGCUCUGCGCAGGCUCAUGAGAUGAGCUUCAACUGCACUCUAGUGGUUUUGCAUUUCAAAUGUUUCUCAUUUUAUGAUUAUAGGGUUUUUGUCUGCAGUCAUCAGACACAGAAUAGGACUGUAUAACUGUUAUCUCACUAUUGUACUGAGAUUCACGUUAUAAAGUCAGUGAGAAUGAUAGGGAGGCACUGUUGCCAAUUUCCAUUUUUCGCCGCCUUCUAUGUAGUAGAAAGCAGUAAUACAAUCACAGUAUUUUACUUUACUGUAUAGAGUAUUGUACUAUAUUCUAAUACUGUAUUAUACAGUAUACUAUACAGAGUGAAUCAUAAUUAUUGUAACUCUCCAAUAAGUUGAAGACUGUUUUAGAUAUAAUACUGUAAUAUUCGGGAUAAGUUAUUGGUUGAAUAACCUUUGACGUACAACUGAAUUUCAACCCCUCAAGGGGGUGACUUAGGGGUUGUAACUUGAAUAUUUCAAACAUAAACACCCAUUGUGUGGUACAUCAUUUUAAAGGCCUUUUUAAAAGCAAGAGAGAUUGCAGCGUGAAUGUUGAUGUUGUGGAACUUUUCCAUAAUUGAAGAGACUUG